CGCUGUGAGCGUAGAGACGAGCCAGCCUCCUCGGCGGUCUCCCGGUUUCCGUGCAGCCGUAAGGCGCGCGAGCGAGAGGGGCCCGCUCCAUUCUUGCGGCAGCCGCGGAGGCGGGAAGGGCUGAGGGGGCAAGUAGUGCCCCUUCCUCGUCUGGUGCGCGCGGCUGGAUUCUCCUUCCGUCCUUCCCGCUGCCACCUCCUGAAGUGAUCCUUGUCAGUGACCGCCCGCCUUUCCCUCCAUAGCUACGGCGGCCGGCGCCGCUGCCGCCGCCUUUCUCCUUGCCCGCAGUCGCGCCUUCGCUCCCGCCGCGCUUCCCCGGCUCUGGUCGCCCUCUCGCCCGAGGGCCAUGGGCCUCCUGUCGCAGGGCUCCCCGCUGAGCUGGGAGAAGACGCAGCGGCACGCGGAGCACGUGCGCAGGCACGGCAUCCUCCAGUUCUUGCACAUCUACCGAGCGGUCGGGGAGAGGCACAAGGACGUGCUGAAGUGGGGGGACGAGGUGGAAUACAUGUUGGUAGCUUUUGACCAUAAAAACAAGAGAGCUCAGCUGUCCUUAACUGGCGAAGAAGUUCUUCACACUUUGCAAGAAAAGGGUGAAAUGGUAAACCCAAACCAUCCAACUCUGUGGAGACCUGAAUAUGGAAGUUACAUGAUUGAAGGGACUCCUGGACAGCCAUAUGGAGGAACAAUGUCUGAAUUUAACACCGUACAAGACAACAUGAGAAAACGACGUCAAGAAGCUGCUUCUGUACUGAAAAAAAAUGAAGCUGUUUGCACUGUGACCUCAUUUCCAAGAUUAGGCUGUCCAGGAUUCACAAUACCAGAAUAUGAUCCAACACCUGUUGAAACAGGGGCCUCCAAAUCUCUCUUUUUUCCAGAUCAAGCCAUCAACAAACAUCCUAGAUUUAGUACUUUAACAAGAAACAUUCGUCAUAGAAGAGGAGAAAAAGUAGUGAUAAAUGUACCAAUAUUUAAGGACAAGAAUACUCCAUCACCAUUUAUAGAAACAUUCCCUAAUGAUGAUGGUGAAGCAGCAAGAGCAGCCAAGCCUGACCAUGUAUAUAUGGAUGCCAUGGGGUUUGGAAUGGGCAAUUGUUGCCUUCAGGUAACAUUCCAGGCUUGCAGUAUUUCUGAAGCACGAUAUCUUUAUGAUCAACUAGCAACAAUCUGUCCCAUUGUGAUGGCUUUAAGUGCAGCAGCUCCAUUCUACAGAGGUUAUGUGACAGAUAUUGAUUGCCGCUGGGGAGUAAUAUCUGCAUCCGUAGAUGACAGAACAAGAGAGGAGAGGGGAUUAGAGCCCUUGAAGAACAACCAUUACAGAAUCCAUAAAUCCCGAUAUGAUUCCAUAGAUAGUUAUCUCUCUGAAUGUGGUGAAAAGUACAAUGACAUUGAUUUGACAAUAGAUAAAGAAAUCUACGAGCAUCUAAUAAAAGAAGGCAUUGACCAUCUCUUGGCACAACACAUUGCUCACUUAUUUAUUCGUGAUCCAUUAACUCUGUUUGAAGAGAAAAUACAUCUGGAUGAUGCAAAUGAAUCUGACCAUUUUGAGAAUAUUCAGUCAACAAACUGGCAGACAAUGAGGUUUAAGCCACCCCCACCAAAUUCAGAUAUUGGAUGGAGAGUUGAGUUCAGACCAAUGGAGGUCCAAUUAACAGACUUUGAAAACUCAGCAUAUGUUGUGUUUGUUGUGCUGCUGACUCGAGUCAUUCUCUCUUACAAGUUGGAUUUUCUGAUUCCUUUAUCCAAGGUGGAUGAGAACAUGAAAGUAGCUCAGAAGCGGGAUGCCGUCCGGCAGGGCAUGUUUUAUUUCAGAAAAGACAUUUGUAAAGGUGGCAACGCUGUAGUGGAUGGAUGUGGUCCAGCUCAAAAUGGUACAGAAACAGAUGCAGAAGAGUAUAUUUUAAUGAGCAUAGAUACAAUAAUCAAUGGAAAGGAGGGAGUAUUUCCUGGAUUAAUUCCAAUUUUAAACUCCUACCUUGAAAAUAUGGAAGUGGAUGUGGAUACAAGAUGCAGUAUUCUAAACUACCUGAAACUAAUAAAAAAGAGAGCAUCAGGAGAAUUAAUGACAGCUGCUCGUUGGAUGCGAGAGUUUGUUGCAAACCAUCCAGAAUAUAAACAUGAUAGUGUGAUCACAGAAGAGAUGAACUACAGCCUGAUGUGGAAGUGCAACCAGAUUGCACAAGAGCAAGUUGAGUGCCCGGAGUUGCUUGGAGUAGGCUUUAACAAAGUAAAAUACAGUGGAAUGAAAACUGGCACUUUUUGAUGAAAGACUUUAAUCUGGUGUGCAAAUGAAACAUUCUCUGCCAUAGCACUAACAAUAUACUGGUGAAUUCUGCAGUUUCAUAGUGUGAAGACCAAAAAUGGUUCAGCUGCAGUAUAAGAUGGGCCAAUCCGACUAAAUGUUCUCUUUAAACUUCCUACAAUAGACAUAUUCUUAUAUUUAAGGUUUAUACUGUGUACAUGUAAAUAGUAAAAUAUUUUUGAUUUAACAUCAGUGUAUUUUAAUAACAUUAUACUGAAAGUCAUUGUGAACCAGCUUAAAACUUUUUAUAUGCUUAUUCUGGAAAAAUUCAAUGUUACCAAAUGGCUUUGUAAAAGUACUGCAUUGGUUCUUGUAUAUUAACUGCAUUCCACACACUGUUUACUCUGGCUUUUGUUACCUGGAAUGCACUGAAUAAUCUACUGUAUUUUAAAGAAAAAUUCAGAACCUGAUUCACAUAAAUGCUAUUGCCAUUCUGCAAUGAGAAGAUUGUGUGAUUCCAGGCCUCCUGAAGGUAGUGACAGAAAUCUCCACUGGAUUUAUAUUUGUAGCCAACAAGCCCAAUUUUCAAAGUAGAUUUUACGAGCCUCUGACCCUACUGCUGACAAUGGAUAGCAUUAAUCCAGAGUAUUUCCCUUUUUCUUAAAGGGAAAAUAAAUCAGUAUGUUCUUGUGCUACUUGUUUGCUCUUGCUAAAAAUCUGUAGCAAAACUUGUAGCGAGUGAUACCAAGCGGUCUAUAAUCAUCUUGAUACCUUACAGCUGGAAUCUCUGGGACAAGCUUCACCUGAGGCAGAGCCAAAUGGGAUAACCUUUGAGGAGCAUUUUUAAUUAAUUGGCACCAGCACAGUCUUUGGUUGAAACUUAUAGGUAGCAUCUUGCUUUUAUCCAUGAGUAUUCCUUUUUUCCUGUUAAUAAGACUCAAAUAUCCCCUCUCCCAAUUUACAAAUCCCUAUUAAUGUUUUAUUUGGUGCAACAGCAGGCAAGUAUCUCACUGUACUCCCCACCCCCACUAUGCUUAUCAUUGACGCAGCCUCCACUAUAUUUUGAGGCUCAAAUCACACAAUUCAUCAUUAAAAGCCAAGCCCCAGAAAAUGAGGAGCUUCAGUUCAUCUAAAGGGCUGGAUUUGUAUGGCAAAAAGUAAGAAACCAAAUGAUAGAAAAACAGCAAUAUACAAUCAGGAAGAAAUUAUUUAAAAAGAAUCUUUUAAAUAGUAUUUCAAGCUUUGAAGUGUCAUCUUUUCUGUGACACAGCUGAAAGUUCCUCUUCCUUCCUUUGAGCUGUAUCCUCUCUAAAUUGUUACAAUUAUCUCAAGAGGAGUUGUGAAAUGCACUAGUACAUCUGUGAAUCAGGAGCCUGAAGCAUAAAGGAAUUGUAUAGAGUUUAAAACUAGUUGUUGUGAUUGUACAUAUACAUGAGAUUUAUAGAGGAAAGGUGAGGUGUUUAAAUAUUAGCUGCCUAAAAUAAGGGUACACUAAAUAAUUUUUGCUCUAUGGAAGAUUAUAAAAUAUUUAGUAACAAGCAGUUAUAAAUAUCCUAAGGUAUAAUGACAUACAAAGAACCAAUUGAAAAAUUUCAGUAAGGGCAUCAAGAGCAAUUUGCCUGUAGAGAGAUUAGAACUGCAUAGUUUUCAAAGAUGUGCUUUAGGGAAUGCUUGUUUCAGAAGGCACAUGGGGGUGGCACAGGUUCACUCAUCUGUGAAAUGAACAAAAUAUGCCAUAUAUUGUGGAUAUUUGAGUAUAAAGGUAAUUCAUAUGCAUAUUUUCCAUAAGAAGCUGAAAAAAUAAACUCUUUAAAGUCA